UUGUUCCUAAACAUUCAAUACAUACUACCUUUAUAAUUAUUUUCAUAUUGAUUGGCUCCGAUUAAAUAUAGUAAUUAGCGAAUUAAUUACUCCCAAGGACUGUCCGUUAAGAAAUUCAACCAUGGAAGAUUGCGAGAGCGAAAGCGAAGUUAAUCGCAAUAAGGACCGAAGUCCCUCCCCCGGAGUGAAAUCAACGGCUGUUGUUAAAUACACAGCAUUUCAGAGCCCAGUGGGAUAUGCACGUCUACAAUGCAACACAGAUAUCAACUUGCCACCUUCCAACUGGGGUGGGAUAGAUACAUAUGGGCUAAAACAGAUACUGACUAGAGACAGUGGACUAUCCAGUUUUAGAAUGGCGCAUAUGUUUCCUGACUGCGUCGGGGAGGUUGAUGUGAUAUCUGAUGCGGAGUGCAUUAAAAAACUCCUGAAACUGCCUUAUCAACCUAAUGGAACUGUCAGUAUGAUGGUGCACAGAGUGGAGAACACGUUGCUUUUGGAUGACUUCGACGUGUACGAGUACCUCAUGAAGUCCGAGUGGUCGUGGCUGAAGGACUUCUUCUAUGAAAACAUAUUGAAGACCAUGUCGGAAAAGGAGCGUAUGUCGCUGACUCUGGCCCCGAGCCCCAGCUCUGCGCUGCAACUGACCCACAAGUUCCUGUCGCACAGCGUGGCGGAGCGCCCGCAGCCACUGCCCUCGGAGACACCCCACCCGCCCAUGUGCUUGCCCGGGCCAUUUCUCCCGGAACCCGAAAUACGUCCGGAGGCAACUGAACCAGCGAAAGAGCAGAACUUCAACCGAAACGUCCAUUGGACUUUUGAAGAUAUACACAUGUUGAUCGGAAGCAAUCUGCCAAUUUUUGGCGACAAAGACCGUCCCUGCGUCAGCCUUCGUUUAAGAGACGCGAGGGAAUCCAUAAACGUACUGACAGGCAUAGACUAUUGGCUGGACAACUUGAUGUGCAACGUUCCGGAAGUAUUAAUGUGUUACCAUUUAGAUGGAAUUGUUCAGAAAUACGAACCGAUGAAAACGGAGGAUUUGCCCAAUAUGGAAAACAGUAAAUUCUCUCCGAAAAUCAUAAGGAAUGUUGCUCAGAAUAUAUUGUCUUUUCUAAAAUCGAACGCGACGAAAGCUGGCCAUACUUAUUGGCUGUUUAAAGGACCGCACGAUGACGUCGUUAAACUCUACGAUCUGACUACUCUAUGCCCGGAUACCAUGGACAACCCUUUUACAACGCCUGUAGCUAUGUUACUAUACAGGGUGGCAAGGAAUAUGCGUCUGAUGAACAGGUCGAAACACGUCCGGCAACUCUUGGAACACGUAGUGGAACUGCUGAAGGUGGAGAGAUACCCCCAAAUCGUAGCUUCCUCCCACUACAUGCUGUCCGACUUGUAUGUGCCCGCUAUAACUAAUCCUGCUUGCCCGAAUUUUAAAGACGAAAGCUCUGAUUCUGAAGAAGAGACAGAUUUCGGAAACUAUGCCGAAUUUCCGGGCCAUCCCACUUCUGAUGUUGACAGUGGCUGCGAGAGAGACAGCAACGUGGGUGACAAAGACGAAGAUAGUGAAAAUGUCGAGAUUAUGAGUGAUACCACAGACAAGGAUGAGAAGUGCGAGCGAGAGGAAACUUCAGAUGGAGGCGGGUGCGAGCGAGAGGGCAGUAGUGAACGCACGGAGCUAGCUUUACAAGUGCGUGGUCUGGCUCUGAGGGACAUUGUACAUAGACAGUCUUCGCAUCAGACAGAUGAAAAGGCAAAGACAGAUCCCGAUAAAGGUCUGGGAGUGGAAGCCGCUACUCGCUGCGGGCGCGCCCUUCGACACGCACUGUUGGGACUGAAAGCCUUGCACCAUCUCACUAUUAACAAAUCUAAGGAGGAAGAACGUGAACGUCUUAGACAACAGAUUAUAACAGAAGAGCAACAUCCCAAAAUGGCGAACCCCUACGAACCUAUCAAAAUGAACUACGAGCCGCUCAAACAAAGCAAGGACAAAAGCGAUACCAAAGAACACGUAUCCAGAAGCAGGAGACGAAAAAGAGAGAAAAAGAUGGACAAAACUGGCAACUACUUAAUAGAAACCAAAUCUUCCAUAGAUAAGAACGCGAUUUUGGUCCGCAAAGAGAAAAAAGCGAUACCGACAUGGCACGAACCGAAUAGAGACGAUAAUUUCGCUUGGAAACUCCAUCUGAAAACGCUUCUGUACGAGAAGAUCUGUCUCGCGUACGCGACCUUGGCCGAAUACAGCUACUCCCACGAACAGUAUGGGUUCUCCCUGAAGUACAUAGAUAUGGCCAACAAAUGCCAAAGGUUACUGAGCAAUAUGAUAAUCAAAAGCAGAGUCGUUGACGCAAGUUGUCUCAUUGGCCGUGUUGGCGACAAUUAUUUUCAAUUGAGCAAGCAUUGGGCGAGUUUGGAGCAAUUCCGGAAACAGUUUGAGACCGAUCACGAGAUAGAUGGACGGAUAAAAAUGGAGAUUGAGAACGAUAUGACCGAGGAGUUGGACCGUGAGGUGCGAGAUGAGUUUGAACUUGAAAUAACAAUUCCAAAGAGUGAAACUGAGGCCAUGUUAUCAUCGUGCGAGUACUACCGUCGGGCGGGACUAGUGUGCGCAGACGAGACGCACAAAAAAGACGAACUGCUGCGUCGGACGGCGUCCGUGUGCAACGAACUGGCUGUGAGAUACAUGAACGAUGCGCAACAGAUAUACGUGAAGUACCUCGAGGAGUGCGAGAAGAAGGACGGCAACUCGAAAUCUAUAUACAAACAGUUCAGCGCACUGUCGCGACGUUCGUCCGAGUGCCUGGACGAGGCCACGGCUAUCUUCACUCAGGUCAACGACGUGCCCAACUUAGCGCUCCUGUACUGCAAUAAGGCGCGCUAUAUGAGGUUCAGAGCGCAUUGUAUCCAAGGCGGUUUUAAUUCCGAAAAACGAAGCCUGUAUAGCCAAGCCGAAGAUCUCUACAGGUCGGCCCUAAAACUCUUAGGGCCCAGAGAAUUUUGCGGGGCCACUUCAGUAUGGGAUCUCGUAUCCUGGGAACUGUCCUGCCACCUUUACACCAGGGCUGUGCUGAUGCAGGACUCUCCGGGUGUUUAUGCGAAUGAAGUAACAGAAGUAGCGGAAGCCUUUAAACACGCUCUAAAGUACUGCUUGUUGAGUCCGGGGCCGCGCCAGUACUUGUACCAGUUCCGAGCCGCCAUGAUAUACCAUCGACUGGGCUCUCUGUACCAUUCGCAAUACAGGAUAACUCAGGAAGAGGGUCCCCGUCGCCGUAGUCUGCUCAACGCCACGUGCAGCCAGUACGAGAAGGCGGCGAUGCAAUUCGCGGUUCUGGAAGACGCCGCAAUGUUCCUCACCGUGCGCCUUGAGCACGUGGCCGCGCUCGAGACCCACGCAGCCGUAUCACCGAACGUAAAGCUGAAGUCUCUCCAAAACGCGAUAGAACUUCUUCGCCAAUGCCACUCCAUCAUGAAAGUGCUGAAAGAAAAAGACCCUGAAGAACAGAGAGAUACUCCCAAACCUGAGGAGGCGGACGAGAAGACCCUGAGAAACGAACAUAGUCUACUAGCCCUGUAUGAAAAUCGCCUGCAUUACAUAUUAAAAAAUAUAAUUCAGUACUGCAUAACAAAAACCAAUAAAGACUAUGAAAAAAUUACGGAUAUGUAUAAAAAAUUGUAUUGUGCUAGCUUGAGGAUUAAAAAGAAUGACGAUGUGCGGCUAUACGCGUCCAGUAUAUGCGAUGUUUUGGUGUCUAUGGAUGUAAUUAGUAAAGAUUUUGAGUAGACAAACUGCCGUUAUUGUCUAUGGUUAUUCUAUGUUUUAAGUCCAAGACAUCAGACUGAUUCUGAGAAUCUCCUCACACACCUAAUCCAUUUGCAACCUAGCAAUACCGAAAAAUUCAUCACAAUUUUUUUAAAUAAUUUUAACGAUUUCUCAAUGUAUGGUAGUAAAUACUUUAUGCAUCUUAAAAAGUGAUAUUUUUCUAUAACAUAUAAGGUGUCUCAGAUAUUAACGUCAUAGGUUUUUUAUAUAUAUAUUUAUGAUAACAGUCACUACACACGUAUAUCACAUGUUUUUGGCUUGAUGUUGAUUUCUGUGACAACUUGUAUAUAUAUACCUUUUUGUAAAAAAAACGUGUUUAUUUUUCGAAUGAUUGUUAGUGCUAAGUAACUUAUUAAAAUAAAUAUUUUUGUCUUUGAA